AUUUCAUAGGUUGCUUCUGCGAAUAUCUAAUUUGAUUUUAGUUUUAUGAUUAUAGAUAGUGUGAUUUCUUUUAUGUUUAUUUACUAAAUGCGUUCUUGGAUCAGUUUACCCACGCAGUGUGGCAAUGGUGCUUAAUCAGUUCAUUUUGCGUGCGGGCUGAGGUGUCAACUGAUACCGAUCGGGCUUCCCAGGCGGUUUCUAUGAAUAAUAACAGGAUAUGAUAACAUGGCCGUACAAUCUGACUCUGGAGGGAAGGACGACGUGAAGACACAAUUCGUGACGAGGGAGGGGACGUACCGAUUGAUGUCAUUGUCGGAAUACUCGAGGCCUAAUCGUGUGGGUAUCACUAGCGGAUCAGUUUCCACUCAAGUGCGAGUUUCCCUAGUGACCCUGCCUCCGGGCCCCGGAGGAGGUGCCAGUAGUUCAGAUGGGCAAGGCUCCGAUGACAGGAUAUGCUUUAAUUAUGGAAAAGAAAUCUAUGUUUAUGUCUAUAGGGGUUUAAAAAAGGCUGUAGAUCUUACGAAGCCUGUAGAUAAAAAAAUGUACAAAGGCACAAAUCCAACAUGUCAUGACUUCAACACAGUUACAAUGACAUCGGAAAGUAUUUCCUUAAUUAUUGGCUUCUCUACUGGCCAGAUACAACUUAUAGAUCCCAUUAAGAAGGAGCUAAGUAAACUAUUUAAUGAAGAGAGGUUGAUAGACAAAACAAAGGUGACCUGUAUAAAAUGGGUGCCGGGGUCAAGUAACUUGUUUAUCACAUCACAUGCUUCAGGACAGCUCUAUGUGUAUAAUGAAGAGCUGACAUGUGGCACUACUUCACCCAACUACCAACUAUUCAAACAAGGAGACAGCUAUUCCAUACACACAUGUCGGACAAAAUCAACACGAAACCCUCUGUACAGGUGGGUAAUAGGUGCAGAAGGCAGUUGCAUUAACGAAUUUGCGUUUUCGCCGUGCGGAACAAACCUGGCGGUGGUGUCGCAAGAUGGAUUUCUUCGAGUCUUUCACUACGACACUAUGGAGUUGAUCGGACGGGCGAGAUCCUACUUCGGAGGUUUUUUGUGCGUUUGCUGGUCUCCCGAUGGGAAAUAUGUGGUGGUCGGAGGGGAGGACGAUUUAGUGACGGUGUGGUCGUUCGGCGAGCGGCGGGUGGUCGCGCGGGGGCAGGGCCACAGGUCGUGGGUGUCCGUCGUAGCGUUCGACCCCUACGUAGUGAGUUUCGCGGACCAAGACUCCGAAGUCGACGAGGACAAGCGCAGUUCCAGCUCCCAGUGUUACAGGCUAGGGAGCGUGUCGCAGGACACGCAGCUCUGCCUGUGGGACUUGACGGAGGACGUGCUGAAGCCUCCGGUGCGCGCGCGAGCCUCGGCGCACUUAUCCCCCAACAGUCAAAACUUCUCGCCGAACGGCGUGCCCGGGACGAAGCCGGCGAAAGGAAUCAAAACGAAGAUCGGCCAGAAGCAUGCGGAACUGAAUAAUGCGGCGGGCGAGCCGUCGGGAGCGAAGACGAAAGCGAACAACGUGUCGACGUUGAACAUCAGCGUGGGGAAGGCGAAAGAGGAGAGCGGAUCGCUGAGCGUCAACUUCACGCAGAGGCUCGCGGGUUUUUCGUUCGGCGAGAGAAGGUCGGAGCACCGGCGCAACUUCAGCCUAACGAAGCCGGCGGAGAAGAGCACGAGCGGCACGGGGCCGCGCGCGCGGGCCGUCGACGCCUGCGACCCGCUGCGGCUCAUCGGCACCGCCUCUUGCCCCCGAUUCGAUGAGUGUCCCGUUUUGGAACCACUUGUGUGUAAAAAGGUGGCGCACGAGCGGCUGACGGCGUUGCUGUUCCGGGCGGAGUACCUGGUGACGGCGUGCGCGGACGGCUGCGUCAACACGUGGGCUCGACCCGCGCGCGCUCUUAACGGCGACCGCCGCUCAGACAUUGCUGAUUAAUGUCACAAGCGGCUUGGAGUAAUAGACUGUUUAACUUAGUCAUACUUCGAGGAGAUUAUGUGGGGUCGUCUGACUCUGUGCAUGUGUACUAGUGAAUGGCUGACGCGUCGAGCUUCGUACGAUGCCCUGUACUUUCAAAACAAGUACCGUGUUUUUCUCUGUGAUUUUAUAAUUAUUGUCUCUGUGAUUUCUUGAUGUUUGAGUGUUGGUAAGACGAUAGAGCAUAAAUGGCUUUAUAUUAUUUUUAUUUACUGUGUGCAUCAAUAAUAAUAAAAAAUUGUUAAUUGUUGGCUAGAAACUUCAAUGAUUGGCUAUCUCCUUACAUAACAAUAGAGGGAUAUCGAGAUCAUUUUGUACUACAAAGAAUAAUCUUAAGUGUUUUUUGUUUUUAAAAUUAACAUAGCUAAAUAAACAUUUCAGCCGUUUAUGCUCUAGCAACAUUAUUUCUUAGCGGCUGGUUUAUGACGCUAUAAUGUUGGUCUGUUGAGUGUAAGGGUCUACUUGAUGACUUAGAAUGGGACUUUUUGUCUAAGGGUAGUGAGCUUUAAACAACUAUCAACAUAUAACGUUAGUGAAGCUUUAUGCCUUGAUUAAACAUUCUAAUAACAUAAUUUAAUGUUAUUCUGUGUAUGGUUUGUUGUAUUAAAUGAAUAACAAAAUUUAGGGUAUAUUAUCAAGUAAUUUAAUAAUAUUUUGUGCAAUGCAUUUUAGCAAUCCACUAACUUAUGUCGACAAUGUUUAAAAAUUAUAUUGUUCACCUUUUAUAUCUUGUUACCAGCCACUUCCCAAAGACAAAAUAGUGCAUCGUUUAGUAAGCCUAGUCGUUACUUGCUGCUUCUUUUUGACAAGACUUAGGGCCAUGCAUACUUUACCUGUCAAGUUAAGUGGUGGAUAGCCUAUUCGGCACUUAUCAGGAAGUGGUGAAACAGGCCCUUACUAAAGUAAUGUACCCGAAUGUUGAAAUGCAAAUCCUACAUUGUUAUAUUGAAAAUUGUGUAAAACCCAUUCCAUAAAGAUAAAUGUAAACAAUGAUUGCUUUUAUAAAGUUUAUACUUAAGUAUUAACUUGGCUUUUGGAAAUAAUGAAAAAUUUUUUACUUUAUCGUACAGUCAGCAUCAACGGCGGAGUCGUCAGUAUCUAACGACUACAGAAUACAGAAUGAUGUUAAAAAAUAUAAGUAAGUACCUUAAUUUUUCUAAGGCUUCUGAAAACUCACGUCGUACAAAAAAUAUUAGAUUUAAAAAAUAAAAAUAGCAAACCGGAGUUUUUGCUGGCUGUAAAUCAGGAUAAUAAUUAUGUUGCGAAUGUAUAAAUUUGUAUAAACCUAAUGAAGCAUGAUUGAGUGACUGUUGUGUAUAGAGGGAGCACUACGACGAGGGAGAUAGCAAUAGAACGGAUACGUUGGAAUGUAUAGAUUCAUGUAUAAUAUAUAACGUAAGGAGUAAAGUAUUGCUCACCCAUGUAAAUAUAGUAUGUAGGAGGCAAUCAAAGAUUGCGUGUCCGUUGCCCCGUUCGAAUCUUAGUCGAUUUUAUAACUGUAAAAGAAUUAAUACUAAACGAAUAUUCGUCUGGGGCCAACGGUUUGCACACGUGGGCUUCUUAAAUUUCCUUUAAAUUAUGUCCAUAAAUCGAUUUUACUGUUGUAUCGAUUCGUGACGCGAGAUAUCGAUAUUUUGUUGUCGAAGAAUUUACUUCGUCUAGGAUGUUUCAUUCUAUUCGCCUAUUUCAUUCAUAUAUUACGUUCAUAAAUCAUAACCAAUGUGACCAAUUUCACAUGUUUUAUAAUGAAUGUGUAUCAUUUUUGUCUCCAGUCACCCAAGGUCAAGAACUACUUUUACGUUUUCAACGAUUUUAUAAGCAAUUCCUAAUUACCCAAUGCCUAAUUUUAUUAAAGCAAUGUCAAAAGUA